AGAGAGAGAGAGAGAGAGAGAGAAAAAAAGCUUGGGUUGGGCUAGCUGAACGACUGCUCGUCUUCCAUUGCAUUUUGACCUCAGUGUGCGUAGUGUGGGAUACAGAAGCUCGGAGCCAGGAUGUCAGAGUCACUCAGCCAAGCCGCUGUACGACAGUUUUCCCAAGGAUCAGUGCAUUAUUCCCAAGUACCAACACAGCACUCCCAAGGAUCAGUGCAGUAUUCCCAAGUACCAACACAGCACUCCCAAGGAUCAGUGCAGUAUUCCCAAGGACCAAUACAGCACUCCCAAGGAUCAGUGCAGUAUUCCCAAGGACCAAUACAGCACUCCCAAGGAUCAGUGCAGUAUUCCCAAGGGCCAAUACAACUUUCCUCAACUUCAAUACCGGUUUCUCCAACUCAACUGUCUGUCUCGCCUUACUCAACUAUCUCACGACAGUACGGAUCACAGCUUGCUUCUGUCCAGUCUCCGAUGUACCUGACCACAAAUGGAUCUGCUCACGCCGGCAAUGUUGUCUACGAAACGGUGCAGUACCUGGUUCCCGUGGAAAGGAAAAUGGAAGGCUAUGUUUUGGUCGACAGCCAACCCAGAGAGCAACAGCUACUAUCCCCUUGCUAUGUGGAGAACGCCAGCAGCUACAAGAACAACGUAGACACGACUGUGCAGACAGUGAAAAUAGUGGAAACAGUGGAAACAGUGCCAGUGCAUAAGGAGACUUCAAAUGGAAAAGGAAUUUCUUGGUCAAGCCAGGUUAGUUCCAGCAGGGCCUCAACUCCUCCUCGCAGUCCUGCUGUGAGUGAGGUAAAUGUCAAGGUACAAAAAACUCAGGAAGUCUCCUAUGACACAGGGCCAAAAUUGGAUAACCGCUUUUUCGGGGAGCUCCUUGCUGAACUGCACCGCAAGAGCUCUGACAUCUACUCCUGCAUCUACGAGCAUGUGAGCAAAAUCCGGAGCAGAAGUCAGCUGGACCUAAAGGAAGAAAACGAGGAUGUCGAGCAUCUGAUUCCCAAAGGAUUGUCCGAUCUGACCAAGCAGCAGAUCAGCUACCUUCUCCAGAUGCGGGUGACCUCAGAGAAGUCCCUGCGGCUGCUCCUUGCCACCUUCAGCAGUCUCCGAGAGGAGCUGAUUCACCUACAGGACGACCUCAGGAGACUGGAGAGUGACAAGGAGGCCCUGCAGAGAGACCUGAACUUCAAGAACAGUCAGGCCCAGCAGUACGAGAAGCUCCUGGAGUCCGUCCGAGUGAAUAACCGUCAGCUGCAGCAAACCCUGAAGGAGAGCAGCUCGAGUAACACAAGCCUGGAGGAGAAGAUCCUGGUCUUCAGAACCUCGGGCUCGGAUAAGGAGUACCGGCUGAAGGAGCUGGAGUACAGCAAGAGGGUGCUGGAGCAAGAGAAUGAAUUGCUGAGGCAGCAGAUCGCCGGUCAGUGCAACAGCCCCAGUUUCCAGGCGAAAUCAGACGCGAUCACUAAACAAUACAUGGAAAUGACCACCACCCUCCGUGAGCAAAAGGACAGGGAAAUCAAAUCACUGACGGAACAGCUACGCAAGUUGCAGAUGGAAAGCUCCUCCAAGUCCGGCAGUGAUUACAGCACCCAGCUCCGGCUGACUGAGCUGCUGACAUCCCUGGAGCAGAAGGAGACCAUCAUCAAGAGACAGGAAGAGGAAAUAAGGAGGUUUCAGCUGGACAGAACUGAAAUGGAGAACCAGUCCAAGGGCGUCACCAAGACCAUCAUCACCAAAAAGUACAGAAACCAGUAUCCUAUUCUGGGUCUUCUGUCUGAUGAAUACCAGGCUACCUUGCCUAGGAAAGAAGCCAAGACCAUUGUGAUUGAGAGGACUGGGGAGAUGUACAAAACUGAGUACAUAACUUCUCCUUAAAAGAACUCCUUGAUUCUUACAGGAAUGAGCCCGCUGAAGAACCCAUCCAUUCAAAUAACUAAUCUCUGCAUGCUGCUAUUUUUUUGCUCUUAACGUUCUGGCCAGUGUUCCCUAAACUUCUGAAAGAGGCCCUGCUAAUGUUUUGCAAUUGGGCUGUGUUUGGUUGCAAAAUCAAACAUGCAUUCUCUCACACACUGUGGACUGGACCUUAACGAAAGGAGGAAAAACUAUAGUGUUUCAUGCUUAUGCAUUUUGUUUGUUUUGGUGUAAAACUUUUUUUUUUUUUUUAAGAUGCUUGAUAUGAUUCUUAAUUUUGAAGUUUUGUUUUUACUUCCUUGUAUGCUACUGGGCUGUGAGCUGUAAUGGAAUGUGCAAGGGUUAUAAUAGGGUGUGCUUUAAAAUGUUGUUUGCUUCAUGGACUGGCAUGUGGCAAAGAUGGGAGUCUUUGUGUCUAACUAGGGAGGGGAAGUAGGUCCCCUCGCUGAGCUGAAAGCAGAACCAGGGCCACGUCCUCUAGAGCAUGAAGAGAGAGGUGGCCAAGUAGUUAAAGAUGAGGACUGACUGGACCUCAGCCACUUUAAGGAAAGUGCAGGAUGUCUGCAUGAUUCCUUCACUUUCCACAGACAAAUACAAAUCACUCAUUAAAAACUAAACCUCUGAAUUCUGAGAAUUACUUGCCUUAGAUUAAGCUCUGCAUCUGCUUAGAAACACUAACUUGGAGCAGUGCGGUUUGCUGUUGGAUCUGACAAGAAAAGAAACCAAAAUGAGAUUCAACAACGGCAGAACACUCAUUCUAAAGAAAUGUUUUUUUUUAAGUCCUUUUUUUAAAACAUUUGUCAAUAGAGACCAUCUGAACUAUUCCUCGAUUUUGAAUAAAGAUGGUAAACUUCAGGGAAUUAUUGUUAGCCUAAACUCAAAUAUACUGUCACCUGUCCUACCCAUUAUUUUAAUCCCUCACCCUAAGAAGCAACCUGUAUAGUUUCCUCUGUUGAGCAGAAAUAAUAUACCAAAUCUCUACCUGCCCAUCCGUUGGUUUUUAAAUGGUAUUUCAGUUCAUAAAUAAUAAUAAAUAAAAUUUAAUUAAAGUUAAACAUAAAAACUAUUUUCUUUUGAGGAACUUCCAGGUCACACCGUUGUAUCCCCUGCAUCGUAUUCUAAAUUAUAACCACCUCAAUUUUGAACCCAAUAACAUGACUUAAAUGCACAGUGUUUUCCAGGACGGUUCCCUUAAACCCUGACCCCCAAAUCAAUAUAUGUAUUUGAUCAGUCUACGGUCUGUUUUGGUGGCAUGUUUAUCUUGUUUUUUGAAAUUUGGGAUUGUGUUGUAUUUUAAUAAAGUAGAAACUAUCUAUAAAGGA